AUGGACAACCUUUUGGACCACCUGCGGUCGCUGAACGCCGUUGACUGUGACACUUUGGAUGCGGAAGGCGAGUUGUUUCAUUUCGACGUUGGGUCAUCCGCAUUGGCCGCGGAGUUAGGUCCGUUUGUUGACUGCACAUCAAACCAGGCUAGUACAGCCAUCGCAUUCGCCGAGUUGAGCAAGGUUGACAGUAAUGGGCUCCCUCUUUACCAGCAGGUGAUUGCCGAGUCGGUCCAGGUUGCCCACUGGUUGUUUGGCAAGCAGACAGAUGCGACACUCGAGGAGCUGGCAGUCGAGCUGAUGAUGGUCGGCCUGUCCCUCCGGAUCGCUCCUCACACGACCGGCUACCUUCAUGUGCAGACCAACCCGAAGCUGGCCUAUUCGACUGCCACAACCGUCAAGAACGCCGAGAGAAUCGUCUCCCACUUCAAGCAGCUCGCUCCCGACUUCGACACCAGCCGUGUCUGCAUCAAGAUCCCGUCCACGUGGGAAGGGCUACAGGCAUGCCGCGAACUCCAGAGGAAGGGCAUCGCCACCCUCGCGACCAUCAUGUUUUCCCUCGAGCAGACCGCCCUGGCAGCUGACGCGGGAUGUCGGUACAUCGCUCCCUACGUGAACGAGCUGCGGGUACACUUUGAUCCCGGCUACGUCGACACUAACCCAGCCCUUGCGUUCUGCGGCGCGGCGCAGCAGUAUCUGGACUCCCGGAUGAAUAAUACCACGCAGGUCAUGGCCGCCUCUCUGACAUCCAUCGACGAAGUCAUGCAACUGGCGGGUCUGCACCACAUCACCGUCUCGCCAGUCCUGCUCGCCGAGCUCGCUGCCACGCCCGCUGCUGGGUGGGCGGGGCGUGCCUCUAUUGGGCAGGUUGUCAAGACUGCUGUAGGUGCAGCUGGAGGUGGGCCGGCGGCGGGUACCGCUCAGUUGGGGGCCGAAAACCGAGCUGCCGUACUCGACACCCUCGUCAAGGACGAGAGUCUCUGGCGGAUGGCCUUCACCAGGUCUGAUGGGGGGAGGAGCGAGACCAAGCUGGUGCAGGCGAUCAAUAUCUUUGCGGAUGUCCAGGACAAGCUGGAGGAGAUGGUUCGUCAGGCCGAUGUCACGGCACGGGCGGCCGCUGCUUGA